AUGAAUGACUUAUUCGAAUCAGACGAAUGGUUUGGUGGCAAGAAUGUCCUCUUUGUUGGUGACAUCCUUCAAUUGCCACCAGUUCGUGGACAACCAGUGUUUGACAAAGUAACAGCAUCAACACUGAAAUACAGACUUGGUAGUAUGGGUGCAGUGAACAUAUGGCGUGAUACUGUCACCUAUGACGAAUUGACAAUAAAUGAAAGACAAAAAACAGACCAGAAAUUUUCGGAAAUGUUGGACAAAGUGAGACGUGGCUUUCCAGACGAUGAGACUCUCGCUACACUUUCCGAAAGGGUAUUUUCGAUGCCCAUUGAGAAAAAAUUUAAAAUAUUACAACAGGGUGGUAACGCCCCAGUUUGCCUGUUUCCAAAAGUAGACAUGUGCAAAGAAUUUAAUGAAACAAUGCUGGCUAAUCUACCAAGUCCUACCAUAAAAAUAAGAGCCACAAAUUUAAUUGAUGGUACUGGCAACAUACAUGGAUUAGUGAAUGGAGCACUUGGUACAGUGCAGGCCAUUUCAGAAACACGCAUAACAGUUAAUUUUGAUAGAAUAACUGAUCCUUGUGAGAUUGAAAAAGUGAAGAGAAAGUUUAUGGUAAUGAAAAAUGUCUUUGUGUAUAGAAGCCAGUUUCCUUUGAUAUUAGCUUUUGCUGUUACCAUACACAAAUGCCAGGGACUGUCACUAGAUAAUGCAAUCAUUGAUCUGUCUGAAAACGUAUUUAGUGCAGGAAUGGCUUACGUUGCUCUAUCACGAGUACGAACACUGUCUGGUGUCCAUUUGACAUGUUUCAACCCCAAAUCAUUGAUGGUUUCCUCUUGUAGCAUAAAAGAAAUAAACAGGUUGAGACAAUUGUACAGGCCAGACCUCCCACAAUAUGCCAUUCCUACAGAUUGUGGCAGUAGAAAGCGUACACUUACUGGAACUAUCGAUGAGCCACAAGCAAAAAAUCAAAAAAAUAUGCCACCACCAAAGGUAGCUCGUGAUAAGAGAAGUAGGCCAUCAGACA